AUGCCUUCAUACGUCUGGCUCGCAUGCCUUCUCACAAUCAUCACACACACCACCGCACAAUCAGACAGCGACAGAUGCGAAGGCAACACCACCACCUACCACGACUUCAACCUCACCGUGCCCUUCCAAAACCUCUGCGGGAAAGACAUUGGCGCCAAAGUCGACUUCCUCGAUCCCACCUUCGAAGAAACUUGGUCCGAUUGCAUGGGUCGCUGCGUCAAGAAAGAGCCGCUGUGCUACGGCUUCGAUUUUCGACCUCUCGGCGCGACAGAAUUCGAAAAUUGUUGGCUCAUGAACGCUACGUUUGAUGCGGCGACGGCUGUGUAUCCCGGGUUUGCGAUUGAUGCGGCGAUGUUGGCACCGGAUUUGGUAGAGGGGUUGGAUAAAGAUUGUGAGACACUGGGCCUUCGAGGGUGCUUCCUGAAGAACGGGAGAUUGGAGAAGGUGACGGGAUGUGAGAAAUUCGGCGCAAGUACCUCAGAGACGGACGGGACAAGUACCGCACAAACGGAGGGAACUGGUUUCGCUCUGACAAGGACGCCGGGUGGAUGGGGGAUUUCUCCAUCCGAUGGCAUUUCGGACAUACAGCCAUCACCUACCUUUGAUGGCUUUGGCUCUAGCAUCACACAACUUGCCGAACCUAGCACUCAGCCCAUCUUCACGAGCUUUGGAUCGCAAACCCCCUCAAUCAUAAGAACAUCAAUAUCAACGUCGCUAAGCCAGACUGUCUCACCCAGCCAACUAACAUCCGUAACGACGGAAGAUCCAAGUCAGGCAACGGUUGCAACCCUGGCAGGAGUAGCAGCUGGCGACGAGACGAAGGGAUUGAGCGCUGGCGCAGUAACGGGUAUCGCCAUCGGAACAUUCAUCAUUGGCGCAGCAAUCGCAUUUGCCGCCGCCUUCUUCCUCUUCAGACAGCGGAAUAAACACAAGAAUGCAAACGUCAGUAGCAAAGAUUACCCAAGCUAUGGCGACUCCGCGCCCGAUCUGGGAAUGAUGCAACAUAAAGGUGUCGGCAGUCUAGGAGGGCGGCACAGCCCAUAUGUACAGGUAUCGCAAACACCUACACCAGCGACGCCCACUGCUGCAUUGUCUCCUCCGAUGGUAACGCCAGCCGCCGUGGCAGACGUAUCGUCCAAGGAUGUUACCUCGUUCUUACCCCCUGCGGCAGACGACGAUGAAGUGUGGAACGGCGUGUCGCACUUGUUCAGCAUGAUGCAUGAGCAUAUCGAGAAGUUCUACCGCGACGUACAUGCCUGUAUCACUCCGAGCAUGGAACCUUCAAUCGCCAAGUUCGGCAUCAAAGACGUGGACAUGGCCGAACUCCUGCAAGAAUGCUCAAGUCCAACUGCGGCACUCAAGCAUGCACUCGUAGCAUACGUACUGGGUAUAACGGGGCCAAAGCAAAAAGGAGAUCAAGAAGGCACACUGUUUCCAGAAGAGCUGGCGCAUGUCGCCAAUGGCGCCGACGUUGGAUCAGGUAAACCUCCAUCCCUACCCCUCGAUCCAAGGAAGGCAUUAAGCUCACACCCAAUCCUAGAUCCCGACUUCAUAGCCGCCACCUCUCUCCACCGCCGCGUCUCCGUCUACCUCUACAGCACCAUAACCGGGUACCCGAACCGGCGCAAAUCCUGGAUGGCACAGUCUGAAACACGCGAAGCAGCCGAACACUUCUCGCUUACCUUCUUCCCUUGGGCGAAUCCUACGUCUAGCGAUCAGGAUCGAGAUGAGGAUCUUGCACGCAUUAUUACGGAUACGCUGACGGUGAGGAUAUGGUUGUUUGGACAAUUGGAUACGUAUGAGUUUGAGUGGGAAGGGGUGGGGGAGAGGGGUAUUGUGAUUAAUCCUGAGUUGGUGAAGAGGAAAUGGAGGAGUGAUAGUAGAGAUGGGGGUGGGGAUGGGGAUGUGGUGGUACAUGUAGUGGAUGGGACUGUUGUUGCUAUGUAG